GCAACACAUUCUUCCAAGACACAACUCCCAAUCGCCAAAACAGCAAUCGCAACCAUGGGAAAUGAUGGAGGCAGUAUUCCCACCCGGCGAGAACUAGUCAAGAACGCAGCUCGCGCCCUCAACAACACCGAACUGAAAGCCAAACUCCUCGAAGCGCAAACCCACGCCUGGAACACCUGUCCCCUCUCCAACCGGCCCCUCGCCGCGCCCAUCGUAUCCGACAGCAGCGGUACACUCUUCAACAAAGAUUCCAUCAUCGAGUACCUGUUACCACAAGACUCCGACGUCGCAGAUAAAGAAAAAGACGACGUCCUGCAAGGAAAAGUGAAGGGGUUGAGAGACGUCGUCGAGGUCAAAUUCACAAUUACAAAAGAAGGGAAAGAAGAGAAGAGAAUAUGCCCCAUUACCAGCAAAGAACUAGGACCGCAAACCAAAGCCGUCUACUUGGUUCCUUGCGGACACGCCUUUUCCGAAGUAGCGAUCAAGGAGGUGAAGGGUGAUGUCUGCGUGGAAUGCAACGAACCAUACACAGCCGAGAACAUCAUCUCCAUCCUGCCCGUGGCCAAAGAGGAUAUCGACCGCCUAUCCAAACGCGCUGAGACCUUAAAAGCAUCCGGAUUAACGCACUCCCUGAAAAAAGCACCAGGAGCCAAGAAGCGGAAGAAAGGCGAGAAUGCCGAAGAGAAAACCAAAGCGAAGCCCAUAGUAGAGGGCACGAAAACCGCAACAUCGAACGGGAUCAAGAAUUCCGCUACGGCAUCUCUGACAGCUAAAGUGCUGAACGAGCAAGAAGAGCGGAAUAAGAGGAGGAAGUUAGCUCAGAAUGAGAAUCUCAAGUCUCUGUUCUCGAAUACGGGGUAUGAUGCACAAAAGCAGAAGGGAGGGGAUUUUAUGACGAGAGGGUUCUCGUUGCCUAAGACGAAGUAGGAGGAGAGAUGGCUUAUUAUGCAUGGUAUUUGGAGUUCUGGCGUUGGAAUGGUGGCGAUUUAGUUACUCGGAAAAUGGGUUAUCCCCUGAUGGCUAUUGACAAUAGAUGAAAGCAAGUGAGAGAUGGAAUAAGCUACAAAUUCAGACAAUCAUCCAGCCGGCAAGUUUGACAAUUGUGUCUUCGAACAUUGAUUUCCUGCAACAGAAAAAAGGCUAUUUCACA